CGCGGCGGCGCCCGCAUCUCGUGGAUUAUCGAGGAGAGCCACUGCUUCUGUUCUGCUGUCACGAUGCGGACAUAUGCUUCGAUAGAAGAUUCGUUUGCGACGGAAAGAACAAUUGCGUGGACGGAUCUGACGAGCUGCCUGGCGCUACCAUGCAGAGACUUCGAAGCGCACUGUCCGACCACGGGAAGCUGCUACCGUUUGUCGCACCUCUGUGACGGAUCCAACGUUGAUGCUCCGCUCGGCGCUCUGGAAUUCACGUGCGGUAGCAAUCAUGGAUUGCAACCACUCUACGACUACGAAUGCGCGAAUAUAUUCUGGCAGCAGAAUUGUACUGAGCCAUUUUUUCGGUGCUGGUCGACAAAUAUGUGCGUGGACAACUACGAGCUUUGUAACGGCGUGGCUACUUGUAAGGACCGCUCAGACGAGAGCGAUGAUGCCUGCCAGGUUAAGAUCUGCUCGAGUGACGAAUUCAAAUGCAGGCGAUCGGGUAAAUGUAUCCAGAUGCGAUCUGUCUGUAACAGAAAAUCGGAUUUUGAAGAUGGGUCGGAUGAAGAAGAAGAGUUCUGCCUUACGCUACCAUUUGUUACUACUGAAAAAGCUAUCACCGAUAUUUCCACGGAGGAAUUGGAUGUAUGGACAUCGCCACUUCCUUUAUUAGAGCAACGCAAGUGCAGCUACUCUCUUGUCGGCACUUCGUUUACUCUUACACCGCACGUUCUUCACAUGAUCUUACUCCACAACUUCCCGUUCCGACUUCGAACACUUCGGCACAUUCGAAUAAAUGCACUGACACUUAAUUCAUUGCUGAAUCCAAUCAUCUACUUCUACAAGUACAAGGACUUUCGUCUAGCAGGCAUCUCCCUUACGUGUAGGCCUAUAAUGCUGAUAGAAAGCAAAAUAAUGCAUCGCAACCAACACUUAUCCCCACUGAACAACCUGAAGACCUACAACCCCCAGACCCCGACGCUGCACGAACACCGCAGCAUGCGGAUACCCAUGAUGGAAGAGGAAGAAAAGGGUGAGAAGGAGCUCAUGUUUCGGGAGCAGGUAGAAGAGGAAGGAAAAGGAUGA